UUUUACCUUCUUCAACCAUACCUAACUUUUCAGAGAGAAGUCAUCGCGUAUCCGACCAUGAGUUCUCCGGCGAAAAAAGCUCAGUCGCCAGCACCCGAAGCAGCUUCGCCAAAGGGAAAGGCGAACUCUCCCACGCCUGGUCCUGCGUCCCCGGCUACUGCGAGAGCAUCAUCGGCGGCACCCAAAUCACCCACACCUGCUCCCGCAACUUCAACGGCUGCGAGAGAGUCCACGCCGGCACCAGAAAUCCCUGAGCUUCUAUCUGGCGCUCACUGGCUGGAGCAGGGCCUCCCGACAGCGAACCCAGAGAGUGACUGGGACUCAACCCUAGGAAGCGAUACCGAGAGCUCGACUGCCUCGAUUGCUUCGAGUAUCCUCCACUAUCGUACUCUUAACGGCCGCACUUAUCACAGCGAUACUGUUACGAACGGAGAGUAUUGGGGCCCCAAUGAUGAGGAGCAGAAUGAGAUGCUGGACAUCUACCAUCAUACGAUGACUCUUGUCUUUGAUGGUCAGUUGUAUACGGCUCCAAUUACAGAUGACCCUAAGCAUGUUGUUGAUAUUGGCACUGGAACGGGAUUGUGGGCUAUUGACUUUGCCGACAAGUUUCCCAACUGCACUGUGAUCGGUACCGAUAUUUCGCCGAUUCAGCCUACCUGGGUACCCCCUAAUCUACGCUUCGACAUCGACGAUUAUACUAAAGAGUGGGCCUAUAAAUCUAACCAUUUCGAUUAUAUCCAUAUGCGCUGGCUUACUGGCACUACCAAGGAUUGGACUGCUGCAUAUAAGGAGGCUUACCGCUGCCUGAAGCCUGGAGGUUGGAUCGAACACAUCGAUGCGUCGGGUACGAUCUACUCGGAGGACAAUACUAUAAAUGAGGAAAAUGCUAUGGUUCAAUGGGGAAAGAUUUGGCAGGAGGCUGGAAGAAAAUCCGGAAACCCAGUUGAUCUACUCGAAAGGAAUUUGCAGGAACAGGGCAUGAAAGAGGCCGGUUUCGUAAAUGUUACGAAGAAGGAUUACCCGAUCCCGGUUUCGCAAUGGCCCAAGGAGGAGAAGAGGAAGGAGUUCGGCCAAUUCUUUUACCUCGUCUACACGCAAGAUCUUGAGGGCCUCUGCCAGUAUAUGUUUGGCACCGUCAUGGGCUGGCCGCAAGAGCAGAUUGCCAUUUACUUGGCCCACUUGAGAGCCGAGUUGAAGAAUAUGAGCCUUCACGGGCUCAUCGACUUCCGCGUGGUGUACGCACAGAAGCCGUUGGAUGCUGAGGAUUGAGGUGUGGCUGGACGAGAUCACCGGCCGGAGCUGGUUGUUCUUAUCACAAUAGGCGGCUGGAUUGGGACAAGCUUCAUACCUUUUUCUGUACAUAGUCUGACAUGUGUCACGCACGUGGAUCUAGCGGCCGUGGCACACAAAUAAUCUGACGUUGUUGGUAAUUAACUAAAGAUGAAGAAAAAAGGAGAAUCAAGUCUACAUCGGAUGAGAGAGAUGACAUCCUUGUCUGCAAUAACAGA